CAUAAAUACAAGGCUCUCUGGAAGGAUCAUCAAACUCUGCAUGAUCCUCUGGAACUUCUCGGUCCCCCGCUGCUGAAACUUUCUUGACAUAUUUGUGUUCAGUCUGAGCGAUAUUUGGAGCAUAUAUUGGCACCAUUACCUCAAAGCUCCUCCUUCUCAAGGCUACUUAUGGGCUCCUUUAACAGCACGCACAACAGAUACUGUCAAAAGAAUGGAUGCCGUAGGAGAGCCCUAGUUUUAAGAAACAGGAGUGGCAGACCUUCGGGACUAUCACGGUAUUGUGAUAACCAUACUUGCAAGGCCCAUACUCCUCAACAACCAUUCUGUCUGAACUCCAAGCACUCGAACGUCAAGUACUGUCGAAAACACAUGGAUGAAGAAAUGAAUUCCAUUCGUGACAGCGAUCGGCAGGCCGCCCAAUUGCUUUUGGCUAAUAUUAUUCGAGAAAGAGAGAGAGUUGAGCAGGAGGAGAGAAGGAGACAGGAUAACUUGAGGAUGAAACAGGCCGCCGAUCGACGCCUGAUCGACGAUGCGGCUGCAAAGCAGCGCCUGGACGAGGACAAGAGAUUAGCUGAUGAGAAGAAGAAGGAACAGGACGAAGAGGACCGGAUCAAUAAAGCAGCCGCGCGCCUGCUGCUUCAGAAAGAAGAAAAGCAGGCUGCUGAAGACCGGAGGUUAAGAGAAGAGAAACUCCGGAUCGACGAAGCAGCCACGCAGCAACGACGUGAGGAGGAGGAAAGAAAGGCCAAAGAGGAAAAGGAGAAACAAGAGGUGCGAGACCAGAUUAGUAAGGAGGUUGAGACAAGGAUACAACAAAACAAGGAAAGAGAGGAAAGAGAGAAGCUAGAAAAGCAGCAACGCGAUGAAGAUAUCGCCAGGCAGGUCAGAGAGGGCAUAGAACGUGAACGCGAGCGGGAUAGAGAGUGCAUCCGGAAGGAUAAUGAGAAGAAAGCUGAAAUCGAGGAAAAAGUGAAAGAAGCUGUGAAGAAGUCGGAGAGCGACGCGAAAAAGAAACGAGACCAAGAGCUUCAGCAAGCAAAGGAAACAGCUAGCGAGAUCCAACGGCACGACCAGCAGGCACAUGAAGAAGCCCAAUUCAGGAUACGGGAGCAUACAAGCAUACAGGAAGGAUUUGAAAGGGUGAUCAGCGCACAAAAGGAAUUUCAGCGCGCCUGGGAAGAUGAGGGCAGGAGACAGAGGAUAAGUGAUGAAGAGCGAAAUCGCAGGCGAAUCAUUGCCUGCGAAGUGCCUUCUCAAGCUCCGCUGGUGGCGGGCUGCUGUUGUCGUGAGCCUCGAUCGCGUGGCUGUCGUUGUGACGAUUCUCGUCCGGCUCGGUCAAUGCAUGGGCGCUGCAAUUGCGCCCAGCCCGCACCGUCGCGGACAGCAAUCAUAACACACACAUGUGCCUAAAUACAGAUAUACCUAGGUACCCUUGAGAACAUGAGCACUAACAUAAUCACUCUUCGAACUUGUACUAUGAAUUUGUGAUGCCGUCUGAAAGAGUCGAG